UUGAGGAAUUUCCGAUAACCAGUAAAUUUCCGGAGAGCUAAGCUAAUGGGGGAACAUCAAAUCCAACACCCCUUUUCUCUUCCACCUCCGCCGCUGCCGCCUCUUCCUCCGCCCGCUUCACCACGCGACGACUCCGCUCCGCCGGAACCAUCAUCUCUGGACGAUCCUUCACCUCCUUCCGCCCCUCCUUUCGAUCCUAGCCGAAUGAUUGGGAUCAUCAAAAGGAAGGCUAUGAUCAAAGAAUUGGCAGCUGCAUAUCAUGCUGAGUGCCUCACGCAUUGCCAAGAACUGUUGGAACUACAGAAAAAAAACGAAGAGCCCUUUAUUGACACAAAACUUCCGGAGGAGCCAAGGAAAGAAGCGCUAAGACCUGCCAAACGCGUCAAGAAGUCCCGCUAGGGGCAUCGUGAUCUCUUGCAAAAAGCCGUGCUUAGUUCUUCAAGAAGUUGUGUGCUGAACACAACAUCAAAAUUUAGUUUCUCUUCCUAAUUUGUGAUUUAAAUAGAAAAGCAUACUCUUUUUAUUUAUACCAUAUUAUUUUUUCGGUCCAUAAUCAACACUCUUUUUUUUUCUGUUUGAUUUGUUCACAAAACGUUAGUCUCUUUCUAUUUUCAGUAAUAAGGAGUACCAUUUCCCGAUCUUCAA